UGCCCUGGAAGCCAAGGCCAGGCUGGUGGCUGAGUAUCCCCUGCUCCUGGCCCUCUCUUCCUCCGGCCAUGGGUAAAGGGAGGGGUCGGCCCGGUGGUCACGGGCAGAGGGGCCUCGGUGGGGCAGCAUGGAGCAGUAUGAGCCCAUCUUCAGCAUCGGCCAGGGCUCCAGCGCCGAGGUCUUCCUGAUGAGGAAUGCCAGCACAAAGCAGCUCUUUGCCGUCAAGAAGGUCAAGACGGUGCCCGGGAAGCGGCUGCGCAGUAAGGAGGCCAUCCUGCAGGAAGUGGCCAUUCUGCGGCAGCUGCAGCACCCCCACGUGGUGGCCUGCCACGGCCAUUUCCUGGACACAGAGGAGGCGCAUGUUUUCAUCGUGCAGGAGUAUUGCGACGGGGGCUCCCUCGACCAGCAUAUCCAGAAAGGGGGGCCCUUCCCGGAGAGUGUCAUCAUGCGGUGGUUCGUGCAGCUGGCCCUGGCGGUGCAGUACAUCCACGCCCUGAGGAUCUUGCACAGGGACAUCAAAGCCUCCAACGUCUUCCUCACCCAGACCUGCGUUCUGAAGCUGGGGGAUUUUGGCAUCUCCAAGGUGAUGGACGGCACCCUGGAACUAGCCAGCACCUUUGUGGGCACACCCUAUUACCUCAGCCCCGAGCUCUGCAGGGACCUGCCCUACAGUUCCAAGGCGGACAUCUGGGCCCUGGGCUGUGUCCUCUUCGAGAUGUGUGCCCUGCAGCCGCCCUUCCAGGCCUUCAGCAUGAUCAGCCUGUUCCAUAAGAUUGUGAACUCCAGCCCCAGCCCUGUCCCGGCCAGCUACCCGGCCCCCCUGCACGGCCUCAUCCAGAGCAUCCUGCAGAAGGACCCCGAAGUCCGGCCCAGUGCCAGCACCAUCCUCACCUUCCCCUACGUCCAGCAGCACCUCAGCCUUUACUUCCUCCACCGGGAGCCUCGGCUACCCAGCCAGCUGCAGCCAGAAGCCCCUCCCAAAGGAGAGGGGGCUAAGCCCAGUCUGCCCAAGGCUGGCACAGAGGGCGCCCGGGGCUCCCCGAGCGGUGCAACCGAGGCACCCGGCUCUGCCUGGCUCCCCUCUCUGCAGCACGGCUGGAACCUCGCAGACAGCCUGAGUGUCUGCAGCAGCGCUUCGCAAUACUCGGCCGACUUUGAAGAAACAAGCACUUCUUCCGUCGGCAGCAGCUCAGAUGCAGAUUUCCCCGUCAACACCGAGGCAACUGAAACCUCUUCCGAGGACAACUGGGAGCCCCGGGACUUUGAGGACUCGGAGGAGGCCGCCCUGGCCGAUGCGGUGGACACGCUUGAAUGGGCCAUGCAAGACAGCAAGUCCUCUUCAGCUGCUGGGAGCCUGCAGAAGCACAUGGAUGACAGCGACUUUGGUGGAAGCGACUCCGGCAGCUUGGCUUCCAAGGAUUCAGAGCACCUGUUACGUUCGGAAGACUCUGAGCACACAGAGGUCGGCCGUUUACUGCAAAGUCUAGAUCUGGAACAUGGCAAGGGGAGCACCGGAUGCAAACCAAAGCGAACGUAAGGGGCUGAGGCCAGCCCUGCUAACCCUGGAAAUCAGUGAAGGCAAGAUAUUCUGGUCAAACCUUCCCAAGCAAUCAUCUACAGCCCCCAAAGAUCUCAGCUCAGAGGUUUUUGCAAUGCAGGGCCAGUCUAGUUCCUCUAUUCCCAGAUUCAAAUCCUUGUGCGGCCUGAACCAAGAUCCCUUUUGUAAAAAGAUUUUAUAAAAAACUGCCAGAAAGAGCUGACCCAGUAAACGUGCAAGACUUGCUAAGGAUAAAAUCCUAUGUAACCAACUGCAAUCUCUUCAAUAAGUGCCUCCUCCUUUUCCUCAUUUCUCCAAUGCUUUCGGAAUAUUCCCUUCACAUGCAUAUACACGUGUUCAUAAACUCUACAGACUGACCUUC